AUGGCAGAAUACUUUAAACUACCGUGCUUUAAUCAAGAAAAUUAUGUGGAAAUCAAACUUCCACGACCAGAAGGAUCAGCGGGGACAAAUCAUGCUAAUGAUGGUAAUGGUACCGAGAUUAUUUGUUGUGUUGACACAAGUGGUUCAAUGGCAGGUAGCCCUAUAAACAAUGUCUGUGAGGUUUUACGAGAUAUUUAUCAACGCACACAAAAAGAUUAUCGUCUAUUUACAUAUAAUACACAAACAGACACAAAACGUACAUUGAAAACGCUAUUUGAACAAAAUACUAAUCUACAAGCUAGUGGUGGCACCGCAUUUGCAUGCAUUUUUACUUCCAUUAAGGAUUAUCUUCUACAAAAUUCAUCAUCGAAAAAAGCAACAACCUUUAUAUUUAUGACUGAUGGACAGGAUAAUGAACCAAAUAGUCAGGCAUUGAAGAAGAGUAUUGAAAUGUUAAAAUUGAUUCUAAGUGGAAUGACGAAUUCACCGCCCAUUACAUUUCAUGUGAUCGGUUUUGGUGAAGUUAACGAUCAAUUCCUUAAUCAAAUACGAACAUUUGGUACACGUCAAGGUCUUUUUCGUUAUUCGACAGAAUCAAAAGAAUUACAAAAUAAUUUUAAUGAUAUGUUUGAAUAUGCAUUGAAUGUACGUGAAUUUAUUAUCAAAUUUUCUAAUGGAAAAACUUAUACAGCAAAUAGUAUUGAUAAUGAAACAGUUGGUUUUCUAACUAACGAUGAUGAUGAUCUUACAUUCGUUACAGAGUUGACACUAACUGAUGAUACAAAAACGACGACAAAUUUGCCUUUAACACAAAUGACAAACACUCGUGCUAUACAUCUUCUCCGUGCACUCAAUUUGAUUUCACCACAAAAUGAAGAACAUGUUAAAUCAAUACAAACAUAUUUAAAUACAAUUCAAGUAACACACAGCAAAAAUAUAAUGGAACGUUUAGAAGCAGAACAAAUUCACCAAGAAAUUGAUCAGCGUAUGAUGGAAUAUCGUCAAAUAUUUACACAAUUAAAGAUGAAUCAAGUACCGGAACGUGUAAAACUGCAAUUAAGUGCACUUAGACAUGAUGCAGUAUUUGCAAAUACACAACGAAAGAAGAAAUUAGAUUUAAGAGUGAAUAAAAAUGCUGAUUAUUUCAAGAAAACAGAUAUAAGUGGUAUACUUCAAGGAUAUAAAGAUUCAAUUACACCA